AUGGUCAAUAUGACGCGCUUCACUCACGCUGCAACACUGGUCGUUGGCGGAGCAAUGUUCAUCUUUACCGCCGCAGUACUUGUUGGAUUCGGGUGUUCGUUGAUGGAUGACAUUCGCGUCAUCCUGUGCGGGAACUGCUCCAGCAAUGGCGAGGGCCGCAAAGGCUCCGAUAAGGAAAGCCUGAAUCUUCAUCUCGUUGAUGUUGAAGAAUUGUUGAGGCCUUCCCCGAGGCCACGAGAGCAGGGGAAAGGGACCCUCUUAUAG